AUAAAAAUGCACGUCACUUGAUGAUUAUUGGAAAAAGUAGUUCUAUCGUAAACAUAUUGACAUAUAAAUUAAAACAAUGGAAUAAAGAAUUGUUGGAAAAUUUGGAUUUGGAACCAGUUAUUAUUUAUGGCAGUCAAUUUCCUAACGAUCUUAAUGGUGAUUACCAGUAUAGUGUAUUAAAUCGUAUUAUGAUGUGCGUAGAGGCAGGAAGACCAUUAAUAUUGACUGAUCUUGAUUCAAUAUAUGGAAGUCUUUAUGAUUUAUGGAAUCAAAACUAUAUAACUGUAGGAAAAGAAGGAAAUCAAACAUUUUAUACACGUGUUGCAUUGGGUGCUUAUUCAAAUCCUAUGGUUAGCGUUCAUAAAAAUUUCCGUUGUAUAUUAGUUCUUGACGAAACAAAAGUGGAUUAUUCAGAUCCACCAUUAUUAAACCGAUUUGAAAAACAAAAAAUGACUAUUAAUGAUAUAAUAGAUGAUAGUAUGGAAAGAUUAUUUAAUAAACUUGCAGAAUGGUCGAAACAAAUAUCAACACUCUUAAAUAUAAAAGAUGAAACUGCAUCAAAGUUUAAUGAAAGUGACAUUUUUAUUGGAUUUGAUGAAGAGGAAACAUUGCAAAGUUUAAUAAUUCAUAAUAGUAAUAAUCCAGAAUUAGGAGAUGAAUUGAAAUUAUUGCAUAGGUGCAAAGAAAUGUUGAUAGGUAUAGCUUUGCCAGACGGGAUUGUACGCUCCAAAAAAUCGAUGCUAGCUAAUGAAGAAAUAGAUUAUUGGUAUAAUUUAUAUUUUCAACAAAAUCAUGAGAGCUUAGCUGGUUAUAUUAAAUCAUUGUUGAGAAAUUCUAAAAAAGCACAAGGAUUUAAUGCAAUUGUUUACACAUUCUCGAACGUUAAUACUGAUAUUGA